UAAUAUUUUUAAAUCUUAUUAAAAAACAUCAUGUUGACGAGAGCAUUCAAGAGCAAGCAGCUCACUCUCCUGGCCAAAGCCUUGCAGCCUUCGACUGCAAGAGCUUUCACCAGCCAAAUUGAGUGAGACCAAUACUCUAUGAGCAUCAAGCCUGAAGUAUUCAAAGAGAUGAUCGAUGACUACAGCACUGGGGAUAAAGUGGUGUUCCUCGAUGUCAGAGAAGAUGAUGAGCUGGAGGAUGGCAUCCUCCCACAAUGCAACUCUGAAGGAGUUGCAUUGCCUCUUUAUAGAAUUCCUAUUUUGGACCUCAUCGAACUCCAGGUUGGAUCAAUUGAGAAGUUCAAAGAGGAUUACCAGAUCUUUGUUUAUUGCCGAGCAGGCAAUAAGUCAGUGACUGCAACAAGGCUCUUAAAUUAUCAUGGAUACAACACAAUGAAUGUAUCUGGAGGAAUCAAAAAGAUCAAAAGUCAUAUUGAAAUUGAAGAAGCAGUCCAAGAGCCUGAAUUCAGGAGGCAAAAAGAGGCAUCUGACUUAUUCGCAAGUGUUUUUGAAAUAUAAGGAAGGAAACCUUCUAGAAAUCACCGAAAAAUAUGUUAAGGUUAUUAUAGC